AUGAUACGACCCGCCUUCAAUGGAUUCAUUCUAGUGUUCGCGAUCGUUGUCAUUAGGAACAUGGACGGCCCGUUUUUAGUCGGCAAUCCUCAAGUCUUGUUCUCGCAGAUAGCCAAGACGGCCACAAUGUUAGCCAUCGACGCCAUUAUAGAUGUAGUAGGUGCCUCCCUCUGUUCUUUCUGCACUUCCCAGAUCCUGAACACAAGUAUGGCGGACCCGAAAUCGGAUGAAAAACAUGGCGGAGUCGAAGUGGACCGACACUCCGAUGGACAAUGCCAUGAUAGUGAUGCCGGGUUUACAAAGUCAGCUGAAGAGAAAGCGUUGGUUCGCAAGAUAGACUGGUUUCUGAUGCCCACCAUAUGGCUGUUGUACAUGCUUGCGUAUAUGGAUCGCUCGAACAUCGGCAAUGCGAGGAUUGCGGGCAUGGAGGAUGACUUGAGCCUCACUGAUUCGCAAUACUCCCUUGCGAUCAACAUGUUUCAAGUGAGCUUCAUCACGUGCAGCGUUCCAUCAAACAUGAUCUUAGCUCGAGUGCGUCCCAGCAUAUACAUCCCAACAAUUAUGUUUCUCUGGGGUAUAGUCGUUGCCGCAAUGGCUGCCAUAAAAAAACCAUCCCACCUGUGGGGCCUCCGUGUCGCACUCGGUGCGCUCGAGGCUGGUUUUGCGCCUGCGGUCUUUCAGAUCUUCUCUACAUGGUAUCGCAAAUCGGAGCAGAGCAAGCGGUUCAUGGUUUUCUGGUCGGCUGGAAUCCUUGGAAAUGCUUUUGGUGGCAUUCUUGCCGGUACCGUUACGGGUGGCCUCGACGGCGCCCACGGGAUUCCUGGCUGGAGGUGGUUGUUCCUAGUCGAAGGCGUGAUUACUUGCGGUUGUGCUCUACUCGCUCCGUUGGUAUUGCUCGACUAUCCUGCAACAGACUCCAAGUUCACACCAGAGCAGCGAGCUUUGGCAGUAAGUCGUCAGGAGUCGGAUGGCCUCAACACCAACCUUGAUGGAGGACGACGCAUAGGCGUCUGGAAAGCGCUUUUGCUCGCGCUGAUUACUCCAGCAUACUGGAUCAUUUAUAUUGGCUUCAUGACCGUCGAUGGAAGUUUCUCGAUCGGUUAUUUCUAUCCGACUCUCGUGCAGGGUCUCGGCUACAGCUCCACCACAGCCCAGUUCAUGACUGCGCCCCUAUAUGUUUGCGCGCUUCCUGCAGCAAUCAUCCUUUCCAUUCUUGGUGAUCGAAGUCCUAACCGGAGAGGAUUCUAUCUGGGCGGAGCCAUGGGCCUCGCAGCCGUAUUCUCGGCAAUCACAGCCGGCGUGACAGGUUUUACAGCUCGUUAUGUCCUGCUGGUCUUCCUCAACAUGGGACUAUACUGCACCAUUCCCCUUGUCCUAUCGUUCAGCACGUCGAGUCUAGGAGCUGUGGAGCCAGAGGUGCGAGCUGUCGCGCUGGCAUGGAUGUCUGCGCUGGGUAAUCUCGCGCAAGUUUACAACUCUUAUGUUUGGCCAGACCGCGAUGCGCCGAGAUACUUAACAGGCUUCUGCACGUAUGCAGCGCUUAUGCUGGUUGGAGCAUCACUGUAUACCGCCGGAGCAAUUUACUUUAGACGGAAACCACUCCAGGCCAGGCGUUGA